AUGGACUCCGACAACCAGUACUAUCCCUUCUGCACGACUUUGGCAAGGACAGCCGUGAAGCCUUGGUCCGAGAUCCUUGUUCGCUCUUUGGGGAAUGAUCAAGACUUGUUUGGUCAGAAGCUCAGAGAAUGCUUCAUCAUGCUGGGAGCCUACCAGGACUCCCGGCCGGCCACCCCCGGAGGGCCUCCAAGCGUGAAGUUUGGGAUGAAGGAUUUCUUUGUCUUCAUCGUCUACAUGGCCAUGGCUUUGCCGUUGCCCCAGAUCUUGCACUUCAUCUUCCGGGAGUAUGCCUGGCCGAUCGACUGGGGUGGUGGCAUGGCGCCGACCAAUGAGUGGGGCUGGAGCUACAUGCAGGCCAGGCUGUACCUGGAGAUAUGCGAGCGCAUCAAGGCGACAAGUGCAUUCUGCCCGAUUCUGCUGUGGAAGGCAAGGGCGGCAAGGGCAAGGGAUGAGGUCAUUGCCACUGCGUUGCUGCAUUGCCAGGGAGUCGAGGAAUCACGUGUGGCCUUGAACCGCAUGGACUCGCUGAUGUUUCAUGUGCUUGGUCCGUCGGUUACCCCGGGUGGCCAGUGCAAAGGAGUUUCCUUCACAGCCUGGCAACUUCAGAUGCGAUGCUGGAAGGCCAUGGCACAGCAACUGCUGUGGUGGAUUUUCCGAAACUUUGGAACCGGAUGCCCCAUGUACAUGCGCUGGGUGUCAUGGUAUCUGGCAUUCUAUGUUUGGAGCUUCCACUAUUUGAGGCCGGCAGUGGCAUUGCUGUCCAAGCGGCUCCCGAAGGUGAUGAUGGCCUUGCUCGUGCCCGAGUUCCACUACCCCAACAAUGUGCUUGAGAAGGGGACGGGUAUGGCCUGGGCCUCGCCUUCGAGGUUGGGAAUGACCUAUGUGCCCGUUGACCUUGCCUGGUGGGGAAACACCACGUUGGGUGCAUAUGUCUUUCACUUCUACUUCCGAGACCAUGCAGCAGCCUCAGGGAACAGCACCAGACUCAUGUGGAAUCCACUGCGUGGCAGUGCUGACCAUGAGCAUAUGCGACGGGCUUGCCUGGGCCUGGCUCUCAAAGAUUCUUCGCAGGAGCUCCGGUGCGUCUUGACACAGUCCUCAGUUCCCAGGAUCAGAGUGGACUUCUGGUAG